UAUAAAAACAAACUGGAAUUGAAUGUGUCAAAGUGUCAAUAAAACAGCGACAGUUCGACAAAAUAUAUUCACGGUGUUACUUUAUCAGCUAUUAUUUCGUAAAAUAUAUUCAUUGGUGAAAGAUAGAACCUUCCAGGCUGUGGACGUAUUCAGUACCUAACCAUGCGGCGUUAUCUGUUACUGUUAAACAUUGUUUUAAUUAUUCCUUUAGCAUAUCAGGCGACGACCACGACCGGAUCCGUUGAAUUAGACGAAUUCUCCUUUGAUAAAAUAACAAAGAAAUUCGAAGCUAGCCUUAUUAAAUUUGAUGUGGCGUUCCCGUACGGUGACAAGCAUGAAGCUUUCGUGGCUCUCGCAAAGGACGCGAAAGACGUGGAUGAUCUUUUGAUUGCCGAAGUUGGUGUGAAAGAUUAUGGUGAAAAAGAUAAUGAGGCUCUCGCGAAGAAAUACGGAGCCAGCAAAGACAAUUUUCCAGUGGUUAAGCUGUUCGUGAAAGGCAAAUCCGAGCCGAUACCUUUCGACGACGCAAAGGGAUUCAAUAGCGACGAGCUUCGUCGUUUUGUGCGAGAGAAUACCGGCAUUUAUUUAAGUUUGCCGGGCUGCGUGAAGGACCUCGAUAAAUUAGCCAUACAGUUCAUGAAGAGCAAGAAAGAUGACCGAAAGAAAGUUCUCAAAAAAGCUGAAGAUUAUGUCAAAAAUAUGGAUAAGGAGUCAUCAUCGGGAAAGAUCUACAAAACAAUAAUGGAGAAGAUUCUAGAGAAAGGUGAUGAAUUUGUUCAAUUUGAGAAUGAAAGAGUGAAGAAGUUGCUCAGUGAAAAGGUAUCUAAUGAGAAGAAGAAGCAAUUAGGAGUCAGAAUUAAUAUUUUACAGACAUUCCAAUUAUUUGACAAGCAGUCCAAGUUAGUUAAAGAGGACCUGUGAUUGGCCACUCGUCUUUUAGCACUUAUUAAUUAAUUCCACAUGGUAGUUUGAUACUCCUAUGAAAUAUAUUUCUCACUGUUUUUAAUGAGAUGAAUGCCCAAAUAUUUGAAAGUUACUUUUUGAAAAAGUAAUUAUUAAUGACAUUAUAUCACUUCAUGUUUACUGAAGUGAUUCAUGUUAAAUUCAAAUUUCAGCAUAUUUUAUAUUUGAUUAUCUGUAUUUUACAUGUGAGACUUUAUUUCAAAAUUAUUUUUUAAAAAUAUAUGUAUAGUACCUACUAUUAUUUUCUUCCUAUUAUAAACUGACCAUAAAAAUACUGUGGUGAUUAUGACUAUUUCUCUCUAAACUUAUUUAUUUAUAUCAUUGAACUUAUAUGAAUAUUUUAUAAACUAAACAUAUAAAAAUGCUCCAGUUAUUUUUAUAUGAGCAUAUUUGAUAAUAUUCAUGAAAAUAUACUCCUUAUUCUUCAAAACUCAUUUGUUCAUAGAUUCUCAUCGCAUUCAAAUAGGACAAUAACCAGAUUAAAUAGUUUAAGGUCUCUGCACACAGCGGGCGCGGCGCGGCGGGACGGGACGGCGACGCGACGCUGAGCAGUUAUAAUGUACUAAAUACUACGGAGGCCGCCACACAGACCCGUCCCGCUCGACGCGACGCGACGCGACGAUCUAGUACAUUGUGUCACGUCGCCGUCCCGUCCCGCCGCGCCGCGCCCGCUGUGUGCAGAGACCAUUAACUGCUUGUAUGUCAAAAUUUAUAAAUCCAUUGUGUCUCGCGUUUAUCUACGCUCCUUCAUUCAAUGAGUUAAUGACAGUUACAUUAAAAAGGUUUCCUUCAAAAGAGUAUCAUGAUCAGCAGCAUUGCAUUGCAUUUGUCAAGUUGGGGACAACUUCUAACUAGGCACAACUGAAUAUAUUUUACAACAGUACAGAAGCAAUUAUGAAUAUUGUACGUAUUAUUACCAAAGCAUUUAUAAAAAAACAUUCCAAUAGCUGUAAUGAUAGUGUGGAUGACUGGUUUUAUAUCAAUUGUUACCGUUAACUAAACAGUCAUGGUUGGCCGGUCCCAUUUAACCCUGUUUUGUGCCAGUAACAGGUUUUAGUGCAAUCUUGCUGUGUAUGUAUCAUUUACCUGUUUUCAGUUUUUACAGCUAUGAUUUUGUUUGCAUCGAUUUCAUUUUAGACUACUUUCAUUAAUGAUUGUCAUGUAAUAAGUUCUCUUAGUUUUUAACUUGGAGCUGCACAAAUCUGGCAUUAGUUACUUAAAAUUCUUUUGGAAAUGGAACAGCAAUUUUAGAGCUAAACUUACAAACAAAACCGGGUAUCUGUUAAACUGCAGACAGAGCUGCAUUUUUUAAAUAAUUAUUACUGUUAUGUUACAUCAUGAGGUUAUUUUUAUGAGAUUUUUAUUGUUUCUGAAAGAAUUCCUGAAAUUGAUCACUAUGGUUGGCACACCAUUUACCAUUAUGAGCAUAUCUUAGUAUUAUAUAGUGUAUAGUAAUUUAGGUUUAUUUUAAAGUUAUUUCUGAUGUGUUAGGUAUUGAUGCACAAUUGUGUGUGAUUGCAAUAAAUUUAAAAUUAAAAUGUGCAA